AAUUCAUAUUUGUGAAAUCUGUACAUUGAAUUUCUUGUGACACCUUUGCUGGUAUCUGUGUGUGUGCUUGAGCCCUGAUGUCUGCAUCUCUUGGUAUUUCCAUUUCCUGCAUGACCCAUGAAGGGAAAAGGGGGAAAUCUUUGAGGGAAAAACCGGGUUCCUGGCUCUCAUCCUUGAUCUUUUCUUUCUUUCUUGACCAGGGAAAUGAGGAUUCUAUGGAGCCAACUCUUGGAUGCAACAAGGAAACCAACAAUACAGAAAGAAGAAGUCUUCUCAAGGUGAUGAUCUUGCUAAAUUGUUGACCUCACUUACAGAAAAGGGAAAAAGGAAGAGUCAACUCUCUGUAUUGCAAUUAAACACCCAAAUCACUGUUGGCGUGAAGGAGAAAGCGUCCAAAUGGCUGAAACGUGGAAAGAGUUUUUCUCAGGGGAUCAUCUGCAGGAACCUGAAAGGCCUGACACUGGGGAGAAGCCCCCUGAAUGCCUGGAGUGCGGAAAGAGCUUCGCUCAUAAUUCAGAUCUACGUAAACACCAGAAGACCCACACUGGGGAGAAACCCUAUGAAUGCCUGGAGUGUGGRCAGAGGUUCAUUCAGAGUUCAGAUCUACGUAGACAUGAAAGGACCCACACUGGAGAGAAACCCUAUAUGUGCCUGGAGUGUGGAAAGAGCUUCACUCAUACUUCAAGCCUGUGUUUGCAUCAAAGGACUCACACUGGGGAGAAACCCUAUGAAUGCCUGGAGUGUGGACAGAGCUUCACUUACAGUUCAACUCUACGUUCACAUCAAAGGACUCACACUGGGGAGAAACCCUAUAAAUGCCAGGAGUGUGGACAGAGUUUUGCUCGUAGUUCAAGUCUACAUAAACAUCAAAGGACUCACACUGGGGAGAGACCCUAUGAAUGUUUGCUGUGUGGGAACAACUUCUCUGACAGUUCAGCUCUUCGUAGACAUCAAAGGACACACACUGGGGAGAAACCCUUCAUAUGCUCAGAGUGUGGACAGAGAUUCGCCCAGAGUUCAGGUCUACGUGCACAUCAGAAGACUCACACAUCAAAAGAUUCACAGGAGAAACCCCAUCAAUGCCUGGAGUGUGGACAGAGCUUCACUCAGCUUUCAUAUCUACACAGACAUCAAAGAACUCACACUGGAGAGAAACCCUUCACAUGCCCAGAGUGCGGACAGAGAUUUGCCCAGAGUUCAGGUCUGCGUGCACAUCAAAGGAUUCACACUGGGGAGAAACCCUAUAAAUGCCUGGAAUGUGGGCAGAGCUUCUCUCAUAGUUCAGGACUAUGUUCACAUCAAAAGAUUCAUUCUGGGGAGAAACGCUAUAAAUGCCUGGAAUGUGGACAGAGCUUCGCUCAGAGUACAGGUCUGCGUUCACACCAAAGGACUCACAGUGGGGAGAAGCCCUAUAAAUGCCUGGAGUGUGGACAGAGCUUUGCUAAGAGUACAAAUCUACGUACACAUCAGAUGACGCACACUGGGGAGAAACCCUAUACAUGCCUGGAGUGUGGAAAGACCUUCAGGCAGAGUUCAAAUCUACGUUCACAUCAAAGGACUCACACUGGAGAGAAACACUAUGGAACAGGCACAGGGAAAAUGUUUUGCCCUGAUGCUACCCUGUGGGCCUGGCCACAAGGGCCGGGCCAGGAGGGAGUGUGGGUGGGGCCAGAAGGGGUGGGGCCAGGGCCAGAAGGGGCAGGGCCAAAUGGGCUGGGGAUGGGAGAGGGCAAGGUCCAGCCAGGAGAGGUUGGGGUUGGGUGGGAAAGGGCAGGAUUGUGGUGGGAGGGGGCCGGGUGGGAUAAGGAGGAGGAAGAGACACACAUCACUGGUGAAAGCAUUCUCACUAGUGCCAUGUGUCUCCCCUGUGUCUCCUCUGAGUCUGUGGAAGGCGGGACACCUACGCAAGGCUCAGAGAAUGAGGAACACACCGCUGCUGAGAGCGCUCUCGCCGGCGACGUGUAA